AUGGGACCUUCCGGCCUCCUGCUCUUCCUCUUCUUCCUCUUCCUCUCCAUGGGCUCUGCUCUGUUCCCCAUCUCCCUGCCAGUGAAAACUAUCAAGCUUCCUAUAGGCCUGGAUCCUCUCCCUUCUUUGAUCCCAAAUAUUUGCAGCCUUCCUCCCGUCUCCGGACCUUGUCUUGCCCUAAUUGAGCGUUGGUAUUACAGUCCGAAGCUGAGGCAGUGUCAGCCCUUCUCCUAUGGAGGAUGUGGAGGGAAUCCAAAUAACUUCAUGACACUGGAGGACUGCGAGCGUGCCUGUUCCCCCUCAGGAUUCGGGCCGACCCCCAUCCCCCCCCCAAGGUUCAAGCUGAAUGGGGGGAGACCCGCCCAGCCUCGCUCUCCUCCUUCUCCUUCUCCUCCUCUUCCAGCCCCGAUCAGGCCCGGCUCCUGCCCGCCCCCCUUGGCCUUCCCAGUUAAGAGUUGCGGCGAGUUCUGCUUCUCGGACGACAGCUGCCCGGGUGACCAGCGCUGCUGCGACACUGGCUGCGGGCACCAGUGCCACCUGGCUGUAGGAGCCAUCCGCGGCUACUGCCCCCGGCGGAGCCCCUGGCGGAGCCCCCUGGACCGCCACCCGCUCCUCUGCGGCUCCAGCUGCCACCGGGACGCGGACUGCGCCCUCGCCUACCCCGGGAGGAAGUGCUGCCGGUACGGCUGCAGCGAGUCUUGCGUGCCGCCCGUGGAAGAGCACCCAGGCGUCUGCCCCAAGAUGCCCGUCCUGCAGACCUUCGCACCCUGCAACGACACCUGUACCGAUGACCGGCAGUGCCCACUGGAGGAGAAAUGCUGUUUCGAUGGCUGCCGCCUCUCCUGCCUGGACCCAGAUCACCGUUCGCGAUGCCAUCUGCCUGCCAAGCCAGGACCCUGUCCGGCAGUGCACCGACGCUACUUCUACAGCCGGAGCCAUGGCCGCUGCCGGUUCUUCUUGUACGGCUGCAUGGGCAAUGCCAACAACUUCAGGAGCAGGAGCGAGUGCCAGAGAGCCUGCGGCAGGAGCCGGCCAGGUAGGCCAGGCCCCAUCUAAGAAUGAGACCCUGGACCGGCUGCUCCCUUCGGCUGCAGGAUGGGACUUCUUCAGACCAGGAGGAUGGACAUACAGCCAGCAGUGCUGGGCCCCCUUGGGAAACAGCUGGCAUCGCCCCCCUCCCCAAAAUAAAGGCAAUAUUUUCUCAUUA